AUGCCCGCAGGUCGUCUCUUACCCGUGGAUACUUUUUGGCGGUUAUCCGAUGAGUCACGUGGCCGUUUAACUGGCGGCAAAAUGCCAACCGUCCAAAGAACUUUGAAUGGGUGUUCGUUUCAAAACGUAAUUUCACUUCCGUUCGUAUACGAUUCUCUUCGUUUUUAUUUGAAACGACGAAAUUUUGUCUUCAAAUUUUUAAAAUCCAAACAAAAUGACCCGUUGGGCUCGUCGCAGUUUAGUGGCCACAGAGAAAAGGCCACACCAAGGAAGUUCCUGGGAAGAACUCUCUUCCUCGGAACGACCCAGCACAGAUCAAAUAAGAAUUUGCCUACAGAAACUGCUGCUGAGAAUUUCUUGAAACAGCGGGCCCAGAAUGCCAAGACAAAAUCCAAAACGGCCCAGGCAGAAAAAGAAAUGAUGAUUGAUUUUAUGAGACGAGACCGUAAACGAGAAAAACGACGUUUGAAGAGAAUUGAAUCCAAAGAAACAAAUAAGAUUUGUUUCAAAUGCCGCCAACCAGGCCAUGACAUGGCUUCCUGUCCCAAAAUGGAUGUGACUGAAGAAGGCUCAGGAAUCUGUUUCAAGUGUGGAUCCACGGAACAUACACUGAAGCAGUGCAAAAUGAAAGGAGAGUUGCUUGCUUAUGCGAAGUGCUUCAUCUGUAAAGAAACUGGGCAUUUAUCCAAACAAUGUCCAGAUAAUCCACGUGGUCUCUAUCCUAAUGGUGGCUGUUGUCGAGAAUGUGGAUCUGUGGAACAUUAUCGAAAGGAUUGUCCGGAAUUACAGCAACAGCUUUCUGCUGAAGACGUCACUGUUGGGCGUUUGGAUCCAUUUGCUAGUGUUGAUGCUGAACCUGCUGGACACACAAAAUUGCCAAAACGUAGAGAGCCUAAAGUUGUAAAUUUCUGA